AUGGCGGGCUCUCUGCUUCUGGCCUUCGUCGUCGGAGCCGCCGCCAAGAGCCUACCAGAGGCGCUGGAGAGCCCAUGGAGCAAGCUGGCAGAGGGCCCCUGGGGCGCUCGCGAGGGGCUGAUGGUGGCCAGCGUCAAGGACCAGCUGAUCCUCACCGGUGGCCGCACCACUGCGGGUGUGGGCUUCGCAUCGGGAAAGGACGACGUGUGGCGCUCUGCGGACGGAUCGACCUGGACCAAGGCUCCGGAGGCGGAGUGGGGCGGCCGCUCCUACCACAUUCUGAUCGAAGAAAAUGACGACGGCUGCAUCUUCCUGAUGGGCGGCCAGACCUUUUCCACGUUCUUCAACGACGUGUGGAAGAGCUGCGACGGCGCGGACAGCUGGUCGCUGGUGACGAAGCAGGCGGCCUGGCCAGCCAGGGCCGGGCUCGGGGGUACGCUGCACAAGAAGAAGCUCUUCGUGGCGGGCGGGUGCCAUGAUGAUGUGAAGUACGACCCUGGACUCUUCCGGAAGUUCUACAGCGACGUUUGGUCCUCGAGCGACGGAGAGCAUUGGGAGCUCGUGACCAGCAAUCCAGGAGAUGGAAGGGCCGCAGUGGUCCGCGGUUGGUGUCCUUCAAGGAGGAUCUUUACAUCAUCGCCGGGGAGGUGGGUUUCACCACCAAGACGCAGCUGGGGGACGUUUGGUCCUCCAAGGACGACGGCAAGACCUGGGCGCAGCUGA